UGUUCUAGAACCAAACUUGUAGGGUCGUGGAGAGAGGAGAGGGGAACCAAUAUUUAUUGAACUGAACUGAAUUUGGAUUCGUGAUGGGAUUGGACUGGCCUGAACUGAAUUGAACUGAACUGACCUUUGAAAGGAAUUGAAAUGAAUGGAGCGAAAUUAAACUGAACUGAAUGAUGCUCUAUGUGACCCGAGACAGUUGCAAAGGGCUGGUAACUUUUUCACUUCUUCCCCGGUCUCAUCCAGACUGACUUUUCCCCCCCUCUUAAUUCAUUGUAGCACUUUCAUCCUAGAACAUGGAUCUUCCAUUGUACCUGUGCGUGGGAUUCUUGGUGCCUUUGGUGGCCGCGCUGGACUUCAACUAUCAUCACCAGGAUGCGAUGGAAACUUUUUUGAAGAAUGUUACCCAAACCCACAAUUCUAUAACUCAUUUGCACAGUAUUGGGAAAUCAGUAUCAGGUAGAAACCUGUGGGUUCUUGUUGUGGGAAGGUAUCCAAGGGAACACAGAAUUGGGAUUCCAGAGUUCAAGUACAUCGGUAACAUGCACGGAGACGAGACUGUAGGACGGGAGUUACUUCUCCAUCUGAUAGACUACUUGGUUACAAAUGACGGAAAGGACCCUGAAAUCACCAGCCUGAUUAAUAACACUCGGAUACACAUCAUGCCUACAAUGAAUCCAGAUGGAUUUGAAUCCAUUGAAGUACCUGACUGUAGUUUCUCCACUGGCAGGUACAAUAAAAAUGAAUAUGAUCUGAACAGGAAUUUCCCUGAUGCUUUUGCAAAUAUUUCUCAAGAAACACAGCCUGAAACUCAAGCAAUAAAGGACUGGCUAAAAACAGAGACAUUCGUCCUCUCUGCUAACUUACAUGGUGGAGCCGUGGUAGCCAAUUACCCAUUCGAUAAUGGCCUCCCAGAGACUUUGACAAAACAGGGCCUCAGCUUAACACCAGACAAUGACGUGUUUGAGUAUCUUGCAUACGCUUACUCAUCAAAGAAUCCUGAAAUGAUCAAAGGAGACGCAUGCAAAAAUAUUGGGAAUUUCCAAGAUGGUAUCACAAAUGGAUAUAAGUGGUACCCACUCAAAGGUGGAAUGCAAGAUUACAACUACAUCUGGGCCCAGUGUUUUGAGAUUACAUUGGAGGUGUCAUGCUGUAAAUAUCCACCGGCAGAAACUCUCCAAGAAAUCUGGAAUAAUAACCGAAACUCACUAGUCAACUACAUGAAACAGGUUCAUCUAGGUGUUAAAGGUCAAGUUUUUGAUAUGAACAACAAUCCAGUAUCAAAUGUAAUAGUGGAGCCUAAUGGCAGGAACCAUAUAUGCCCCUACAGAACCAACAGAUUUGGAGAAUAUUAUCUUCUUCUUCUGCCUGGAACCUAUACGAUAAAUGCUACAGUCCCUGGACACGAACCGAUCCUAAAGCAUGUGACCGUACCAGAGACUAUUCAGAACUUCAGCGCGCUUGAAGUGGACUUUCAUCUCCCGUUCCAAGUGGAAUCAGAGUAUAAUGUGACUACCAGGAUUUCAUGUUCUGAGGUUCCUCUGUACACGUAUUUUAAAAGCCAUUCUGAUAGACCGACGUCACAUUUUAUCUUCUUAUUUUUAUUGACUUUUGUAUCUAUCUUUUACAUAAAAUAAACCAUGAGAACUGUGCUCCCCACUCCCCCACCCCAUUCCAGGAUGUGUAAUGAACUACAUCUCUUCAAGCCAGAUCACCUCAACCUUUGCUCACUCUCUCUCUUGUCAACUACCUGUUCUUCAUGGAUUUUUCCUUAAGAUGGGGUUAUUUAUUUUCCAUGGGGCUGGAUAUUCCUGAAUCAUUCAAACUAGAAGGAGCACCAACACAACCCGGUUCAGCCUCAAUAAUAGUUGUAGAAUACCCAUAAAGUCAUGUCAGAAUCAUGCCCAUAAGGAUGCUGCUCAGAAAUUCCUAAGUGGAAUGUCAAUUACUUGGUAAGAUGGACCAAAGAACUACAGGCCUUCCCUGAACUUUUCACCAACAGAACCUGCUGGCUCCACCACGCUAGGCAGGGUUUGGGGGAGAGCAGAAUAAUAUCCUGGUCUGUCAAACCUGCCUUUAGGUCUUGACCAUCUGUCAUUUGGACCAUAUAAGUAUAUUUUUGCCUCAUCACUUGGGAGCUCUGACCUCAAAAUGACCUCUCAUUCUUCAGCUGUUAGAAGAGGACUUCUUAACUUGGGGUGGACAGACACCCUGGGAGUCCAUGGAUAGAUUUCAGGAGGCUGUAAACUUGAGUGGGGAAGAAUUAAAUAUUUUCACUGAACUCUGAGAUUUAGCAUUUACUUCAAUUAUUGGGGUUUUUUUAAAAUAUAUUAUUCUGAGAAGGGGUCUAUAUGUUUCACCUGAUUGCAAAAAUGGUCCAAAAACACACACAAAAAAAGUAUUAAAAACCCCUUCUUUAGAACAAUCAAUCAGCCUUAGCAGCCCAACCCAUAAAGAGCUCACCUCUCUUCACCUUCAUUAGCAUGUGAAUUCUUUGAGUAGGAUACUUGGGAAGAAAAAUCUUUAAUUUGGGAAGGCCAUGGUGGAAGGGUAAAUAAAUGGGUGCUUUAUAACACUUCUGAGAUUCUUAGUGGAGCUGAAUUAAGCCCAAAGGCUACUUUGGAAAGAAUAUCCCUGUCUAUCAUAAAUAAAGAUGAAGAGGGAGGCCCAUAGUGCUAGCUGUUCCCACUACUUUCUUUAUUAGUACUGCUGCUAGGUUUGAAGUCAUCCUGGGAAACAUAAAAAUUAAUGAGUGCAAAGUAGUUCCUAUCAGGAGAAAAAUGGACCCCAUUUUACGCAAUAAAUGAAAAUUCCCAAGUGAAUUCGUAGGCAAAAAUCAAUCAAUUAGCAUUUAAGGUUGCCUUACAAGACCUUGUUGUACCAAGGGAUACAAAGAUUUUUUUGUAGGUUUUACAGAAAUGAAUGCUAGAGUUAUUGGUCAAAAUUUAAAGGUGCAUUUACUGACUGGACCAGGGUAAAAUAUGAAAAUAUGCUUUGGCAAGAUAACCAGUCACUACAUCAGGAUAAGGCUUAGACGUCUCAAAAUAAUGGAUCAGUUAUUGUUGUUUUGUUGAACAACUAACCAGUUUUUGAUCCUUUCAACUCUAGCCUUAAUGCUUCCAGCAGAGUCUUCCUCUGUCCUUCCAGUUUGGACCUGCUUCUCCUGUUUGGCAUGCUAAAAAUUAUAGAGGUCAGAAAUUCUAGUAGAAGAUGAAGAGGUCAUAUAGAGGGUGUAGAAAGCUACCAAGUGCAAACUCUAGGAAUUAAUGCCAUUGCUGGUGCUAUGAGAAAUGUGGUGUAUUCACUGAUGAACUGACAAAGGGCCUACAGGACCAAAUGAAGCCAGAAGAGUUCAGGAAUCCAAUAAUACUACUGACCCCUACUCAGAAGCUAUGUAGGAUCCUGGAUCUUCUUAUGGAGAAAUGUCCUGGAGCACUGCAGUCUCCAUUCACUAGCCACCCAGUUGUAGAGUGUUCAUAUGUAGAUCAGUAAAUAAAUCUAAAAACAAUGGGCUUUACUGAGCCAACAUUAUUAUUGCUGUUAUUGCUUUUAUUGUUGUUGUUGUUGUUGUUAUUAUUGGUGCUUUUAAGAUAGUAUGUUACCAGGGCAGCUAGGUGGCGCAGUGGAGAGAGCACUGGCCCUGGAGU